UGGCGGACGAGGUCAGGCAAAGUUCAGCUGCCGCCAGCUGACAGAACAAGUGUCACCACAACAAACCCAACUUGCCGUCAACUUUUAUAUGUACUUCUGUGCACAACAUGCCGUUCAAGCCUCUCUCCAAGCACUGGCUGGAGGCUGCUACGGUGAUUCUAGCGGCGGGGGCUCAGAGAAACGGGCGGGCGGGGACGGCAUCGGGCCCGCCGGCGGGUCCACCAUGCCCCGGCCCCGGCCGGUUCGACUACCGGGUCCUGAUGCUACAGCGUAGCGGGAAGAGCGGCUUCAUGCCCAACGCCAAGGUGUUCCCUGGCGGUGUCGUGGACGCCUCAGACUUCUCCGAGAAGUGGCUGGACGUCUUCAAGGCGGCGGGAUUCGAAACGGACUUCGAGUUUGAGAAACUCUGUCGGGUCGAAGUCCACGAAGGCCGAUCCCCAAUGUUUACAGGGCAGAGGGACUCGCCCGUUCCGAACGAGGUCGGGUACAGAAUAAGCGCCAUUCGUGAGACUUUCGAGGAGUCUGGGGUCGGGUACAGAAUAAGCGCCAUUCGUGAGACUUUUGAGGAGUCCGGGGUUCUUCUGGUGCGGCCCUGGAGGGCCAGUGGGCCGGCGACGUGGCCCCUUCCGGCGUCUGAGCUGGCCCGCUGGAGAAAACGCGUGGACGGGGACGCAAGGCAGUUCCUACAGCUCUGCAACGAAUGCAGGUGUGUCCCUGACGUUUGGUCCCUACACGAAUGGUCCAACUGGCUGACGCCUGCUAUACCGGGCAUGCCCAACAGGCGGCGCUACGACACCGCGUUCUUCAUCUGUUGUCUGGACCACAUCCCUCCCGCCGCACGGGACGACCGGGAGAUCGUCAAGGCACAGUGGCUCACACCCGCCGAAGUCUUGCACGAUUUCCGACAUGGAAAACACAUCAUUCCACCCCCGCAAGUGUAUGAACUCUCCCGCCUGUGCCAGCUGCCGAGUCUGGUGGACCUGAACCACUUCAGCAGGGAGAGGGGUGCGCAGGGUUGCGAGAGGUGGCUACCCGUGGUUUUUCCAUGUGAAGAUGGACAAGUUUCUGCUCUACCCGGUGAUGACCUGUACCCGACCCGUGAUGACCCGGAAGUGCUUCAGGGCCGUCACCUCUCCAGCACCGUCGCAGAACUUCGGCAGUCCGCCAGCCGACUCCACAGGUCCGAGAUCCUGCCGGGCUCCGGGUUGCCGGCGUGGGAAACCCGCUGUAACAUCCCGCCCAAGUUCGGACACAUCUCUCCUAUGCAGGACGUCUUUCAGUUCGUGGAAAGGAUUCAGAGCAAACUUUAGCCUCUAUCAGGUCCUCAGAUGCUUAAAAUUGUAGAAAUUAGCCCAAAUAGACUGAAUAUCAUACCGGAAGAUUACAAUUUUUAAACCUUUGACUGCAACACACCUGUGUGAAUAUCCGCGAAGUCGAUGU